AUGCUCGAACGUGCAACAGGCUCUCUCGAGAACGUGGGACGGCGUUUCCUUCAAGAUUCCAAUGGCGUGAUCCGAAACCCACGAUGCCUAUCCGGUCGUAUCUGGGAGUACAAUGGCUCUGGAACGGAUGUCCCUCAGUGGCUUAUUGCGCUUUUGCAGGCGUCAGGUCAACGAUCGCCCCCCGUUCUUAGCACUCAAUACGAAAGCAGAGAGUCAAGCGAUGGGACAGAGCCAUUCUUCGAAUUCUUAUACCCUCGGCAGGCUCAGACUCUGAGUUCUUCGUGUCUGUCUCGCCCCCAAAACAGGACUGGAUUUCGGAGGAGACCACACUUGGGCUUUUCAAGAUCUUAUGUUUCCAUUUCAAGUCUUCGCCAAGCUACGUCAACAGCUUUAUCCAGCUCCAAAGAUGUAUCUAAGCCAGCCCAAGAGUCUCAAGAACCAAAAUUACUCGAUAAUGACGGAAAAGCAAGCGCAUCCCUCCAGGCUUUCCUUCAGAAGAAUGGCAGCGAAUUCGAUAAAGCUUGGGUGCUAUACGUUGCGGCUGGAUACCCAUCGAAACUCAAGCCUGCACUCUGUGCUUACAUGAGUAAAUCGCCUAAUAAAAAGGAACGAGCUCGAGCAUGGGCACUCUUCGAGGAAAUUGCGCCCGAAGAUCGCACCCACUUGGACUUCGAGAACAUUAUAAGAUCCCAGCUUCUUUCGUUGCCCACUCACAAACCCGAGAAGUUGGGCUUGAUUUGUCAGAAAGCCAUUUCCACGCCAUUUGCUCAAAAUAUCAUCUCGCUGGGCCUGAUGCACAUGGUGGAAAACAGACAGUGGGCUAGAAUCACUGUGCUCUGGAAGGUCCUGCUAGAGACCCCUGAAAACGAGCGACCGACAUUACGCUCUUUGCUGUAUCGAUUUGAUCACUUUCAUUUCCCCGAGUAUUCCCUUGCAAGGCAUCUCCUUGAUUUAAAGGGUUGGUUCCAGAGAAAUAACAAGAUGAAUGCUGUAAAAGAUGACUUUACUCGCCAUCUCAUUCACCGAUUUGUCCAGUCUUCUGACCUGGUCAAACUCACGCCGAUAUCAACCGUGCUUUCACUGUUGUCCACAUACCGUUCUUUUGGUUUUUUGACCGGCAGACAUUAUCUUUGUGUGAUGAAUUUCUUCCUAAAACCAGCAGCGCCGAGGUCAGAAUGUGUCAAGGGCAUUCUUGUUUAUCGUCAAUUGCGGUUGGAUUUUCCAGACUUUUCGGUAUCCGGGAGAGUGACGCGUGCUUUCAUUCGACGCUUGAAUGAAUUGGAUAUGACCGACAGUUUGACAUACUUUUUGGAUGAAGAGGCGCAUUUUGAUGAACAUAAAAGACCAAGCACAUUUUCAUACAAUACCGCCUUGAUUGCUUUUUCCAGGAUUGGGGAUGUACAAACUGUCAACCGCCUGUUUGAUAGGCUCCUGGCAGAUCAUGGCAAUCUAAAGAACCACAGGCCAGUGGCCUCCCUUCUUGCCGUUUAUGCACGGCUAGGUGAUGUGUCCAAGACACGGCAACUAUUCGGUGGAAUUCCUUCAGAAUUUGGUCUUCCGCUGAACACAGUUUGCUGGAAUGUACUGCUUCUAGCGUAUACUACUGCCGGGGAUCUAUCAGGUGCUCUUUCUGCCUUCUCGGAAAUGCGAGAAAAUUACGUACCUCCCGACUCGUACACAUAUGGCACACUGAUGGGAAUUUUUGCCCAGCGAGGCGACGUCGAAGCUAUCCGGAGGAUGCUGAAAGAGGCGCAGGCGACACGAGUACAAAUCACAAGGCCAAUGCUUGAUACGGCUGUUCAAGCAUAUUGCAAGAAUGGGCAAUUUGCUUAUGCAGAAGAGCUUGUCGAAAGCAGCUGGGAUUUAGCGGUGGGAGGGUCUCCCUUGCGAAUGUGGAAUUUUCUUCUAAUGCGGUAUGCAUUCAGGGUAUCAAAGUUUUCCUUCCGACGCGUCCUCGACCGCAUGAGACAGCUAGGGUUGAAACCAGAUAGUAUGACUUACGCGGCUAUUAUGCUUGCUUACGUCUAUUCCAAGCAGGUGGAUCGUGCGCAAACUACUCUCAGAAAGAUGCACGAAAUCGGUUUGAACCCCACCGAGUACCAUUAUUCCAUUCUCUUACUUGGAUAUGUGAGACAACGGAACCGUGAUAUGGUGCACGUCAUCUCCCGCGAAAUUGAAUCGCGUUUCGGUCGAGUCGGAAUGGAUGGGAGCCUGUUGAACCUGCAAAUGCAGAUUGCGAGAGACGUGGAAAACAUAAAAGAUUUUCAAGCUCCUGUUGAAAAUACUGUCUUUGAGAACGCAGAAAAAACUCUUUCUGAAUCAAUCGAAAAAUUCAAUGCCAAUCCAUUGCGAGCCAAUGCUCGGUUGUCCAACAUUCGAUUAUCCAGUCUAUCAGAGGGGGCUGCAGUUGAUUCUUUUACUGCCACGCACUAUCAACGGCUGAUCAAUGCAUACGGCAUCGAAGGUGCCCCCGAAAAGGCACUUGAAACUUUCACUCGUUACAUGCAACUCAAACGAACUGCGGGAUCAUCCGACGGCGAUGAAUUGGAAUCUUUACCAGUCGACUUCACCAAAGCCAUCAUGAUUGCCUAUCUAAAAUCCAACAAGUAUGAGAAAGUGGAAGAGUGCUGGAAUAGUAUUAUGGCAGGUAUCAGCAUAAAAGCCGGUACCUGUGACCUUGAUAAAACCUUUUCUGGAAGUUCGCCGUUGUCAAUCUCUCCAGCACCAGCCGAGUCCCCUCUCCCGUCAAUGCUCUCAAUAUCCACCACUCAAGCAGAAAAGCCCAAAAUACUUCAUUCCCAACGCUUCGUUUUGGACUAUCCACUUUCGCUAUACAUGCAGUCGUUGGCUUGCCGAGGCAUGUCCGAAAAAAUUCAUAAAGUUGUGGCCGAAGUUCAGGCAGCAGGCUUUGCGCUGACUGGUUUCAAUUGGUCAACUUAUGUUAGAAUCCUUGCGGAAUCUGGUAAAUAUCCCGACAAUGUGGAGGCAUUUCGACUGUUCGAAGAGAAGUUCGUCGAUCAUUUCCCUGGUUGGUCGUGGUUUCUCAAGGGUUAUGGCGUGAGACCACUCAAUGCCCCCGUGACAAUCCUCCAUCUCGAAGGUCGCUCGGGUAUCAACAAACCCCGCAGGAUGAUGGGAAAAUCGGCCCGAGAGCAUUGGCGCAAGAUCGAGCCUGAUUACAUGCACCCUCAUUACCCCACCAUGGUGCAACUAGCCAGCACACUGCAACGGCACCGGCAAACGAGUAUCAUGGAGGGGAAUGAGCACCUGGCGAGUCUCUACGAAAUUGCGCCACGCACGAUUGAUAUCCUUGCCACGAUGCCAUACGUGCGCGAUAAACAUCAAGGCACAAUCCUUCGCGGCAAAGAGGCGAAAAGUGAUAUACUCCCACGUCCGACUCAUGUGUUCUCCACACGCUAUGGUGCUCUUGGCCCUACUCUUGGCCCUCCUCUUGGCCCUAUCCAUAAGGCACGAGAACGCAGCUUUGAUGACGCGAGUAGGGAGCCUUUCGAACCAAGCAAACAACAAUACCCCGAACCUCCCGUCAACGAGUCGAGUCUUACUGGCUUGCUUUCCAGUGAACAAAUGAGACAAUUGAGUUAUUUGAGUGCCGUCCUUCCUCGUGAGGAUCGAGUUGACCUGGAGAACUCACUUUACGAGCAAUACAGUUUGACAACACAGUGGAAGGAAACAACCAAGGGUUACAAGGAGGGUAUUGCUUCACUGAAAGAAAGGGAUAAUGCUCCGCGUGCCUACGCCUACGAACGACGUAUGCGCAAAAUACAAAGUACCGACAUCAAGAGGCCGACUCCCAAGCGGCAACUGUUUGACAAGGAGAACCGCAAGUACAGACUGAAUACUCCAACCCACCUUCUCUUCAACCCUACCUCUGGACUCCAUGUGAAACCCGGGCGUUCUCCGUCAGAACGAGCGUCCGUGCGAGAAAACUACAAGGGACCCUGGACGCCCAGAGAAGAAACGGGCAACGAUUCGUGA